UUGAAUAUUGCCAAACCAGGAUGCUUUGCUAAAAGGGUAAAGGAAAUGUUUGCGGCAAAUAACCUCCCAGACAUGGAAUUCCCCAACGACGUCCCCUCAUCAGAAAUCUUCGACCUGAUCUAUAAACCAGCGGAAACCACCAGUCAGGCGCACAUCACCCAAUCACAAGCCACUACCGACAAACCCCCCCAAUCAGAAAGUAGCGAAGAGGGAAUGGAGGAAGAUGAAGAGGAGCAGGAACCCAUUUCACAACAUGACACUGUUACACAACCUGAACAAGCGUUCGUAUAUAGCACCCCUAAAAAGACCAAAACGGGAAUUGUGGCACCACCACCGUCACCAAGAAAAAUGACUGAGAAUCAGGACCUCGGGGAGGAAACCGGUAUCAGAUUUUACACCUGCUCAGCCCCCCAAAUACUCUCAACCGAGAGACUACUGGCGGAGAUAAGGGAAGGAAGAGUAAAAUAUACAUAUACAGAUACGAAUAUGGAAGAUCACCAUAUAGAAACACUAAUAAAGAGAGGAAGAAUCCUGACCAAAUAUAAUAGAAUAGAAAAGGUGGAGCAAUCCAAAUACAGGAAAAUUCGCCUCGGCCUGCAUACGGAGAGGAGGUCUUCAGGAGAACAUCGUUCAUCCAAAAUGCCGCAAACAAGCUCGAGACAUCACCAUUCAUAAUCAACAGACUUAAAAUAAUUCAACAUAAUGUCCUGGCCUGGACACAUACAAGAGCUCACGAAUUAUACAACA